AUGCAGGGGCCCACACAGGGUUGCUCAGACGGGGCGUCCAUCCUGGCCAUCCUGCAGGUGCUUGAGGACCUGCUGUCUGUGGGCACGGAGCGCAGGACCCGCUACCUCGUGGACAAGGGCGGCAGCGAGGCGCUUCUGCGGACCCUGGUGAAUGCAGCCCGGACGGCGCGGCCUGACUAUACCGUCCUCCUGCCCCUCUGCCGGCUGCUGGCCCGAGUGGGCCUCCGAGAUAAGAAGUUUGGCCAGAAGGCCCUGGCUCUGGAGGCCCUGGACGUCACCCUGAUUCUGGCCAGGAAGAACCUGACCCACGGCCAGAACCUCCUGCACUGUCUGUGGGUGCUGCGAGCCUUUGCCGUGAGCGUGCCCACGGGAGCCAUGCUGGGCAUCAACGGAGCCAUGGAGCUGCUGUUCCAGGUCAUCAGCCCCUACACGCCGAGGCACACGCGGCUCAUCAGGGCAGCCGCCGAGAUCCUGGCCCAGCUGCUGAGAUCCAGAUCCAACAUCCGCCGGGCAGUGAAUCGGGGCUCUGUGGCCACCCUGCUCCAGCUGUAUCAGGACUGGCACGAGCACGACCAGGCCGACGCCUUCGUGCCCAUCCGCCGGGCGCUCCUGCUGUGUCUGCGGCACGUGGCCGCCCUGCGCUCGGGCCGGGAGGCCUUGCAGGCGGCCCAGGGCCUGGAGCUGCUCUUCAGGACCACGCAGACCUGCCUGGCCGAGAGCCGCGCGGAGCCGGUGGUGGCCGUGGGGCUGCAGGUCCUCAGACAGUGUUACCCCAGGAGUGCCUUACCCCUGCUCACGCCCUGCAGCGCUUACACCUUCUCGGGGCCUGGGAGCAGCCCCCCAGAACCCACCCAGGGCCUCUCUGAAGAGGAUCUCGAAGAUGAUGAUGGCGGUGAUGAGGAUGAAGUGGACAUAGACCCGGAUUCUGAGGAUGCCAGAGAAGAAGAUGAUGACUUGGAAACCGACGUGAGGAGGCUGAGCUCCGAGCCGGCUCUGGACUGGCCUGAGGAGGGGCUGGAGCAGUACGCGGCCCUGUGCCCCGAGCUCUCCUGCCGCCUCGAGGAGCUGCUGCCCAUGCCCGCGGUCAGCUGGGACUGCCACGAGGGACGGUGUGCCCAGGACCCCAGCCCUGGGGGGGAGCAGAGAGAAGGCAGGGUGCAGACCCCACUUCCGGGCGAGGGGCCAUCAGGGCGAGGCGCCGCGUGCCCGGCCUCCGGGAAGAGAUCCACGGCCACACCGAGCGGCACCGCACAGCCUGACGAGCCUGGGACAGACACGCCCAGGAAGGAGGCCCCCGACACGCGGGCUUCCCUCAGAGGGGACGCUUGGGACAUGAGUGCCGGGACCACGCCACCCGUGCUGGAGGAGCUCCUGCAGACGCAGCCCCAGCGGACCCCCUUCCACGACCCCCGACUCUAUGCGUGUAAAGCCAGGGACACCCGCUCUGUGGCCAACUUCCAGCGGAUGGCGUUUCCUGACGUGUGGGGCCACCGGCCGCUGCCCACUGCCCAGGCCAUGCUGGGGCGCAGACGUGGCGUCCAGAGGGGGCGGAUCCUGGAGGACCUGCGGAGACUCCUGCAGCCCGGGGACAUCGUCAACCACGUGGUCUUCAGCCUCGAUGAGCCUCGGUCCCCCAGUGCAGUCGCCGGAGCUCUGCACUUCUUCUCAGGGUUCGAGUCGGGAAACCUCCGCAAGGCCAUCCGGGUGCGCGAGUACGUGUUCGAGUAUGACCUGCUGGUGAACCCGGAUGUGAAUAGCACCCAGCACCAGCAGUGGUUCUACUUCCGGGUCAGCGGUAUGCGGGCAGCUGUGCACUACCGUUUCAACAUCCUCAACUUCGAGAAGCCCAACAGCCAGUUCAACUAUGGGAUGCAGCCCACCCUCUUCUCAGUGAAGGAGGCCCUCCGGGGCGGACCCUCCUGGACCCGGGUGGGGGACGAGAUCUGCUAUUACAAGAACCAUUACCGCCGGAGCGCCUCCUCGGCCUACUACACGCUCACCUUUGCUGUCUCCUUCCCUCACGAGGAUGACGCCUGCUACCUGGCCUCCCACUUCCCCUACACCUACUCGGCCCUCAUGACUCACCUCGACCUCCUGGAACAGAGCGUGGACCCCAGGCAGGUCUACUUCCGGCGGGAGACGCUCUGCCGGACGCUGGGGGAGAACGCCUGCCCCUUGGUGACCAUCACGGCCAUGCCCGAGGGGCCCGGCGGGGCCCACCUGGACCAGCUCCGGCAGCGUCCGUGCCACGUGCUCACGGCCCGCGUGCACCCCGGGGAGAGCAACGCCAGCUGGGUGAUGAAGGGGGCCCUGGAGUUCCUGGUCAGCAGCGACCCUGUGGCGCAGCUCCUGAGGGAGACCUUCAUCUUCAAGCUCGUCCCCAUGCUCAACCCGGACGGGGUCAUCAACGGCAACCACCGGUGCUCACUGCGCGGGGAGGACCUGAACAGAUGCUGGCUGACGCCCAGCGCCCAGCACCAGCCCACCGUCCACCACGCCAAGGGCCUGCUGCACUACCUGAGCCGCCGGGGCCACCGACCUGUGGUCUUCUGUGACUUCCACGGACACUCGCAGAAGAAGAACGUGUUCAUCUACGGCUGCAGCGCCCAGGAGACCCUGUGGCAGGCGGGCUCCCCUGUGGGCACCGGGGCCCUGGAGGAGGAUGGCAGCUACCGGGUGCUGCCCCAAAUCCUCGACAAGCUCGCCCCGGCCUUCACCUUGAGCAGCUGCAGCUUCCUGGUGGAGAAGUCGCGGGCGUCCACGGCCCGGGUGGUGGUGUGGCGAGAGCUGGGAGUGGUCAGGAGCUACACCAUGGAGGCCAGCUACUGCGGCUGCAACCAGGGCCUCUACCAGGGCCUCCAGCUGGGGACGCGGGAGCUGGAGGAGAUGGGCGCCGUGUUCUGCCGGGGCCUCCUCCUCCUGGAGCUGCAGUCCGCGGGCUGCAGCCGCCAGCUCCUGGGCCGUGCGGCCACCGUGCUGGGCAGCGCCGAGAAGGAGGUGCUGGAGCAGCUGCAGGGCUGCUCGAGCGGCAGCGGCCACACCCUGGACCUGGAUGACGAGCCUGCCUGCGCGGAGGAGAUCGACUACGGCCCGGACGGCGACUCCGACCAGCCGGAGACCUUCUUGGAGCUGGACCAGCAGAUCCAGGCGUGCGCCUGGCCUGAGGAUGAGGAGUCGGGGCCCGGCCGCUAAGCCGCCCCCUAGGCCGGCUGCACCCUGGACACGGGCACGUGGCUCUGUCGCCACCAGACUCGCGGCCACUGCAGGUGACACGGCAGCUUGGCGUGCGGCCCUGCCCCGGGCUGCGUCCCAUAGAGACUUUCCGAGAGGUGUUUUGGUGGGUUCUGGGUGCGUGUGCCCGAGAGAUUGCCCUGGGCAGCUCAGCCUGCGGAGACCCCGGCAGGGAUGAAGCAUCCCUCAUGCGAGCAUGUACCCACCUGGGCCUUGUAGCUCCUCAGAGCCCCAGGUCGUCCCCCUGCUGCCCCAGUCAUGGCCAGGGCGUGGGUCCGUGGCGAGGAGCGAGAGAGGGGUCGGGCCCCCCUGAAUGAGGGCGCUGCUCCUUCCCCAUGUGGGCGGAGGCAAGGUGGGGGCACUGUGAGGUUGGGUCUCCCCAAAGCUCGUGCCCCUGCCAUGGGCACACAGGAUGCCCAUCUCCUCCCUUCUUUGUUCUCCCCUUCUCCCACUCCUCCCUGUCUUACCUCCUUCCCCCUCCCUCUGUUGCCUCUUCCCCACCCUUCCCUACUUUCCUUUCCUUCACUUUUCCCUCCGUCCUUCCUCUCCUGCCUUUCUUCCGUCCCCUCACUCUCCCUGUGCCACCGGCUGCACCCGGGGGGCCGCCCCUGGCCUGCCCUGUGUAGAUGGUGGCCAGCUCUCAGCCAAGGCUGUUUCACAGAACUGGGCUAUAUAUACCAUUUCUCCUCUGGGCCUAAGCGGGGCUGCUGAAGCACCAGCCCUUUGCACCUGCAUCCCAGUCAGCAGCCAGAGAGAGAGAAAAAACUCUGGUGUUCUGUAUUUGAAACGUGCUUAACUGACCGCUCAGCUGGCUGGCUGUGUCUGCGCCAUCUGAGGGAGCCCGGUGGGAGAGUGGCGAGAGUGGUGAUGCAGGGUUGGGG